UGACAAAGAAAGGACUCUUCUUGUCAUCGGAAAACAUAAUCUCUGUCUCUAUUUUCCUCAAUUCUAAUUAGAUUCAAUUAAUUAGUUUUCUGAAAAUGCCUGCCAUAGCUUUUGGUCGUUUUGGUGAUUCAUUUAGCUUAGGGUCUAUUAAGGCCUACAUUGCUGAAUUCAUCUCUACAUUGCUCUUUGUCUUCGCGGGAGUUGGUUCAGCCAUUGCUUACAACAAGUUGACAGCAGAUGCUGCUCUUGAUCCAUCCGGUCUUGUAGCGGUUGCAGUUUGCCAUGGGUUCGCUCUGUUCGUGGCGGUUUCCGUUGGGGCUAACAUCUCCGGUGGUCACGUUAACCCUGCAGUUACUUUUGGAUUAGCUCUUGGUGGCCAAAUUACAGUUCUUACUGGCCUCUUCUACUGGAUUGCUCAACUUUUGGGCGCCACUGCUGCCUCCUACCUCCUUAAAGUUGUCACCGGAGGAUUGGCUGUUCCAAUCCACAGUGUAGCAGCUGGAGUAGGAGCUGCUGAAGGUGUAGUAAUGGAAAUUAUCAUCACAUUUGCAUUGGUGUACACAGUGUACGCCACAGCAGCUGACCCAAAGAAGGGUUCAUUGGGCACAAUUGCACCCAUUGCCAUUGGUUUCAUUGUUGGUGCUAACAUUUUGGCUGCUGGUCCAUUCUCUGGUGGUUCAAUGAACCCAGCUCGGUCCUUUGGACCUGCAGUGGCUAGUGGUAACUUCGCCGGUCACUGGAUUUACUGGGUUGGACCCCUUGUUGGUGGUGGCUUAGCUGGUCUUAUCUACAGUAAUGUGUUCAUGAACCAUGACCAUGCCCCUCUAUCCACCGAUUUCUAAGUUAGAAUUUGAUUAUUGUGUCCAAAAUCCAUUUGCCUUUUGUAAUAAAGGAAGAAAAAAGCAAUAUUUUGCUCUUUCUUUCUUUUGUAUUGGUACCUUUUGUUUUGAUUUUUUGUUUCUUUCUAGCUUUUGGUUUGCAGCUGUACACAUCCAUCUCUUUGGUGACAUGUUGUUGUCUAAUUGAUUUUAUGGAUUUGGUGAGAUCGAAAGGCCACCACUCAUUGAUGUUGU